GUGUGCCCAGGGGGGGCCAUCUGCACACCACCACCAUGCUGGCAUCACCGGGCAGCCUGGAGGAGUGGGCAUCAGAGCCCCUCACCUUCAGCCUCUGGGAUUACGGCGUGUUCGGGCUGAUGCUGCUCGUCUCCACGGGCAUCGGGCUGUUCCACGGGCUGUCCAAGGGAGGCCAGAAGACCUCAGAGGACUUCUUCAUGGGCAGCCGGCGCAUGGCAGCAGUGCCGGUGGGGCUCUCGCUGUCGGCCAGCUUCAUGUCAGCCAUCCAGGUGCUGGGGGUGCCAGCUGAGGCGUAUCGCUACGGCUCCAAGUUCCUCUGGAUGUGCCUGGGGCAGCUGCUCAACACGCUGCUCACUGCAUACCUCUUCUUGCCCGUCUUCUACCGCCUGGGGCUCACCAGCACCUAUGAGUACCUGGAGUGGAGGUUCGGACGGAGCGUGCGGCUCUGCGGGACGCUGCAAUACGUGAUGGCUACGACUCUGUACACAGGGAUCGUCAUCUAUGCUCCUGCUCUGAUCCUCAACCAAGUGACCGGUUUGGACAUCUGGGCGUCCCUGCUCUCCACUGGCGCCAUCUGCACCUUUUACACCACCAUAGGCGGGAUGAAGGCUGUCAUCUGGACCGACGUCUUCCAGGUCUUCGUCAUGCUCUCUGGGUUCCUCGCCGUCAUCAUCCGGGGGCUGCUGCUUGUGGGGGGCCCCACCAGGGCACUGGCCAUCGCCACCAACGGCUCCAGGGUGAACUUCGGAGACUUUGACCUCGACCCGCGGAGCCGUUACACCUUCUGGACCUUCCUGCUGGGCGGCACGUUGGUCUGGCUCUCCAUGUACGGCGUGAACCAGGCUCAGGUCCAGCGCUACGUGGCCUGCAAGAGCGAGAAGGAGGCGAGGAUAGCGCUGCUGGUCAAUCAAGUGGGGCUCUUCUGCAUCGUCUCCAGCGCGGUGGCCUGUGGCCUUGUGAUGUUUGUGCUCUACAAGGACUGUGACCCCCUCCUGGCCGGCCACAUCUCGGCCCCUGACCAGUACAUGCCCUACCUGGUCCUCGACAUCUUCCAGACGUCCCCUGGGGUACCCGGACUGUUCCUGGCCUGUGCCUACAGCGGGACCCUGAGCACCGCCUCCACCAGCAUCAACGCCAUGGCAGCCGUCACUGUGGAGGACCUGGUGAAGCCCCGGCUGCCCACGCUGUCACCAAGGAGGCUGAUGCUGAUCUCCAAGGGGCUGUCACUGUUCUAUGGCAUUGCUUGCAUCACGGUGGCUGCGCUGGCUUCGCUGCUGGGCGGUGGUGUGCUGCAGGGCUCCUUCACCAUCAUGGGGGUCAUCGGCGGCCCUCUGCUGGGAGCCUUCGUGCUGGGCAUGUUUGUGCCGGUGUGCAACACAGCUGGUGUGUUCGGGGGUCUGGGUGUCGGCCUCGCGCUCUCGCUGUGGGUGGCAGUGGGUGGCAGCCUCUACCCGGCCCCUGCCAACGUUGCUGGUGUCCUGCCUGCCUCUGGAGCCCACUGCCCGCUCUACAACCGCACCGCCAGCACCAACCACACGCUGCUGCUGGGACCACUGCCCCCCCAGCGCCCCGGCACAGAGCCUGCAAGGCCUCCCAUCGUGGGUGACUUCUAUGCCAUCUCCUAUCUGUACUACGGGGCACUGGGGACGCUCUCCACUGUGCUGGCAGGAGUGCUGCUCAGCUACCUGGCAGGGCCCACCAAGCGAGCACAGCUGCCCCCAGAUGUGCUUUGGUGGGACAUCACCAAGCAGACAUCCUCUGUGUCCCCAGCUGGGGGUGCGGCGCCUUCAGGGGGGUGUCCCACCAAGGUCUGCAGAGACCUUCAGGGGGGCCCCUGUCCCGAAGCCCCCCCGGUGCUGCUGGGGCUGGGAGGGCAGUCACGAAGCCCCCCCCAGCACCGCGGGGUCACCGAGCAGCUGCUGCAGGAAAGCCACGUGUAG